GAACACAUCAAGGAGGAGCGAAUGUUUUAUCACCGAUAAAAGAAGUACAACCUUCUGUACACGGUGGAAAAGCAGAAGAGAAAUCACAAGAGAAUCCAGAGGAAGAGAACAACCUGCAAUCUACCGGUAGUCGCAAUGAGAACUCUGAAACUCCUCAGAUUUCCCGUACACAGGUGCAGGAAACAUCGUCUGCAGGAACACAAGAUGCCAACGAAAAUAAGAAUAAUGCAGAACACCAGAAUGUAUCAAGUGGAAGUACAACUACGAAUGAUGCUGCACCAACACAAUCUUCUUUACCAACAUCUACUGAAACCAAUGCUACACCUUCACCACAGGAAACUGUGGGGAAUAAUGAAUAUGAUCAUAAAAACGCUGAGAGCGGCACUGCACCUGGAGGGAGUGGGUCAACAAACACCCAAAAUGAGGGAGAAAAUACAGAUACCACAACCACUACCACCACCACAACAACAACAACAAGAAGGGUGAUGCAGACAGCAGCAGCAGUAUCAGCAGUUCUGUGUGGGUGCGUGUGCCUCUACUGA